CCCCGCCGCCGCUCUCGGGCUACGACCGGGUCUCGGGCGCCGUCUUCUCGUGAGGGGCCUCGCGCCGCCCGGCGCACGCCGUCCCCCUGCCUCGCGGCGCGGGGUCUCGCGGGCCCCGCUCCCGCCCUCCGCUUGCCUGGCCCGGACCGGAAGCGGCGCCGCACGGCCUGGGCCUGGCGCGGGGGGCGGGCACCGGGGCCCGGUCGGAUAUGGGCAAGAAGCACAAGAAGCACAAGUCGGACAAACAUCUCUAUGAGGAGUAUGUAGAGAAGCCCUUGAAGCUGGUCCUCAAAGUGGGAGGGAACGAGGUCACCGAGCUCUCCACGGGCAGCUCGGGGCACGACUCAAGCCUCUUCGAAGACAAAAACGAUCAUGACAAACACAAGGACAGAAAGCGGAAAAAGCGAAAGAAAGGAGAGAAGCAGCUUCCAGGGGAAGAAAAGGGGAGAAAACGGAGACGAAUAAAGGAGGAUAAAAAGAAGCGAGAUCGGGACCGUGUGGAGAAUGAGGCAGAAAAAGACCUCCAGUGCCAGGCCCCUGUAAGAUUAGACUUGCCUCCUGAGAAGCCUCUUGCAAGCUCCUUAGCCAAACAAGAAGAAGUAGAACAGACACCCCUUCAAGAAGCUUUGAAUCAACUGAUGAGACAAUUACAGAGAAAAGACCCAAGUGCUUUCUUUUCAUUUCCUGUGACUGAUUUUAUUGCUCCUGGCUACUCCAUGAUCAUUAAGCACCCAAUGGAUUUUAGUACCAUGAAAGAAAAGAUUAAGAACAAUGAUUACCAGUCCAUAGAAGAACUAAAGGAUAACUUCAAACUAAUGUGUACUAAUGCUAUGAUUUACAACAAACCUGAGACCAUUUAUUAUAAAGCUGCAAAGAAGCUGUUGCACUCAGGGAUGAAAAUUCUUAGCCAGGAGAGAAUUCAGAGCCUGAAGCAGAGCAUAGAAUUCAUGGCAGACUUGCAGAAAAGUCGAAAGCAGAAAGAUAGAACAGACACCUCGCAGAGUGGGGAGGACAGCGGCUGCUGGCCGAGAGAAAGGGAAGACUCUGGAGAUACUGAAGCACAAGCCUUCAAGAGUCCCAAUAAGGAAAACAAAAAGAAAGACAAAGAUACACUUGAAGAUAAAUGUAAGAGCAAUACUAUAGAAAGAGAGCAGGAGCAGAUAGACCGCAUCGUUAAGGAAUCUGGAGGAAAGCUGACCAGGCGGCUUGUUAACAGCCAGUGUGAGUUUGAAAGGAGAAAACCAGAUGGAACAACAACAUUGGGGCUUCUCCAUCCUGUGGAUCCCAUUGUAGGAGAACCAGGCUACUGCCCCGUGAGACUGGGAAUGACAACUGGAAGGCUUCAGUCUGGAGUGAAUACUUUGCAGGGGUUCAAGGAAGACAAAAGGAACAAAGUCACUCCAGUGUUAUACUUGAAUUACGGGCCCUACAGUUCUUAUGCUCCACAUUAUGACUCCACAUUUGCAAAUAUUAGCAAGGACGAUUCGGAUCUGAUCUAUUCAGCCUAUGGGGAAGACUCUGACCUUCCCAGUGAUUUCAGCAUCCAUGAGUUUUUGGCCACAUGCCAGGAUUAUCCUUACGUGAUGGCGGACAGUUUACUGGAUGUUUUAACGAAAGGAGGCCAUUCUAGAACCCUGCAAGAGUUGGAGAUGUCAUCACCUGAAGACGACAGCCAGACUGGGAGCUUUGACUCUGAAAAAGAAAUGGAGCAGAUUACAGAAAUAGAGCCAGCGGGGCAUUUAGACUCCAGCAGUCGGGACCGGCUCACAGCACUGAAAGCAGUAACAAAUUUUGGUGCUCCUGUUGAAGUUUUUGACUCUGAGGUGUGUUACUCUUCGCACCACACAGAAGCUGAAAUGUUCCAGAGGAAACUUGAUGAGACCACCAGAUUGCUCCGAGAGCUCCAGGAAGCCCAGAACGAGCGUCUGAGCACCAGACCCCCUCCCAACAUGAUCUGUCUCCUGGGUCCAUCGUACAGGGAAAUGCAUCUCGCUGAACAGGUGACCAACAAUCUGAAAGAACUUGCACAGCAAGUCACUCCAGGCGACGUUGUCAGCACGUAUGGAGUUCGAAAAGCAAUGGGGAUUUCCAUCCCCUCCCCCAUCGUGGAAAACAACUUUGUAGAUUUAACAGAAGAUUUUGAAGAACUGAAAAGGACUGGUGUUGCCGAGUGUGGACCUGAUGGGAUUUGAAGCUCACUGGUAUUUCAUUAUAUAUUAUGUACAUAUUUUUUUUCAUUCUUAACUUGGAAAUGCUUUUCAGAAGAUAUUAAAUAUUUGUAAAUUGUGUUUUUAAUUAAACUUUGGAACAAUUAAUUUUAAUGUUCCAGAGAUUGGACUUGUAUUAGGUAAUAAAGCUGAGCCUGGGACUAUGA